AGCGGGGCAUGGCGAGAGCACGGCGGGACUUUAUCUAGGGCAAGGCGCAGGAAUGCUGGUGGAGGAGGGCGAGCAGCACCAUGUCUCCGUAAGUACUUUUUCCAUUGUUUUCCCUUUGGUUUAAACUGGGUGGAAAGCGAGUAGAAAGGAAGGACGUCAAGCUAGCUAGAUAUACAUAUACUUUUUUCCUCUUUUUCUUUUUUUUCUCCUCGUUCUGCUUCUUGUAGACUCAAGUUUUAAAGUAUUUCCCAGUUCCAACAGCUGUGUCUGCAAACACAGGGGGUUUUGGUGGUGAGAAAGUGGAACCAAGAGCUAAUUGCUAGCUCCAUGGGAUUUCCACUGUUUUAAGGCUGAGCCGAAGGCACUCGGAUCGCUGCUGUCGCAUUGAGAGAUCCCAACUUCUAUUUGUAGCUGUUUGGAAGUGAAACGUGUGCCUGGUGCCAGUCAGCCUGAUGUGUGCAGCUGGAAUGAAUGGGUUCCAAGCUGCAGGGACACUGAGUCCCCCCCAAGAUCUCUCUGCACGUAAUUGAGCCACACAAACCCCCCUGACCCCAUCCAUUACAUGCUGCAGCCCCACACAGUUCUUGCCCCAGUGGGCUGAUCAUAGGAGGAUUCUUCCCUUGUCUCCUUCAGCUGCUGCUGUGUGGCUGAGUACGCGGGAGCACAACAUGGCCAUUGAGGUGCAGUCACGCCCAGAGGCACAGCAGGGUCCCAGCAGUGCAGGAGCAGCUGGGGGCUGUUUCCUGCAGAUGUUGCUGCCUGUCCAGAUGUGCACAGCAGGCUGAGCACAGGCUCUGGCUGGUAGUUUGUAUCCACAAAUCGUGUUCUCCAAGCAGUGGCCUUCUGGUUGUUCUGUUAGUUUGUGAUUUCUCUCCCUGAUGCGGGGGGGUUGUGAAGGGUUUAAGCCAAUGUUGCCAGGUGCUCCUGUCUGAAAUGUGCUUCCUGGAAGAAUCAGUGCGUGCUUUGCUAACAAACGUUAGGUCAGAACUUGAAUAUUUGCUCCAAAAUCCAUCAUUGCCUUUGUCAAGUCCUCAGUGCCCCAACAAAACUGCUACUGAGAGGUAACUGACCUGUGGGAACUGUGUCAUGGAAUCACAGAAUCACAGAAUUUGGGUUGGAAAGGACCUUAAAGCCCAUCCAGUUCCAGCCCCUGCCACGGGCAGGGACACCUCUCACCAGGCAAGACUGCCUAAAACCCCAUCCCACCUUGCCUUGAGUGCCUCCAGAGGGACAUCCACAGCUCCUCUGGGCAGCAGUGCCAGUGCCUCACCACCCUCAUCGUGAAGGAUUUUUUCCUACUAUCUAACCUAAACCUACCAUCUUUAGUUUAAAGCCAUUAUCUCCUGUCCUGUCACUACGCUCCCUGACAAAGAACAAGCUUAAUGUGGAGCUUGCAGCUGAUUGGAGAUGCUACCCUGGCUGCACAGAUGCUCCAGGGACAGAUGUGCCAUGUCUCACAGUGGGCAAUCAGCACCCCAGUGCCUUCCCUUCACACCCCUGCCUGCUGUGUCUUAGCCAAGUGCCAGCAUGAAUCCUGAAAGUCAGGUAAUGCCCCAUUCUGCUCAUGACUGAAUAGGCACACAAAGCAAAGGAAGGUUUGGGGAUGCUUUGAAGAGGGACUACCAAGUCUAAAAGUAGCCAAAGUCACUCACAAGGGGUGAUGUCCCAUCCCUGAAUAAAUAGUCAUAGAAUCAUAGUAUCAUUUGAGUUGGAAGAGACCCUUAAAGGCCAUCUGGUACAGCUCUCCUGCACUGACCUGGGACACUCACAGCUCCACCAGGUGCUCAGAGCACCAUCCCCUGACCUUGGUUGUGUCCAGCGAUGGGUCACCCACCACCUCUGUGUGCGACCUAUGCCAGUGCUUCACCACCCUUAUCGUAAGAAAACCUUAUCCUCAUAUUCAGUCUAAAAAUAAAGAAUGCAAUGCUAAACCAAAAUCUUUGAUAAAUAAAGGAUAGCACUGUGGGGAUCACUUUCUACAUUACUCUGUGGUUGAACCACUGUGUCUGCAGCAGCAUUUCUGUAUUGACUGUUCUGUCCAAGGCAUCAUUUCUGAGGCAGGAGAAGGGGAUUCUGGUUCCUGUAGCUUCAGAGGUAACUCGGAGAGCUUCAGGAGGUAACUUGAGGGGAGAGAGGAGACCUCACCUCUUCUCCUAGCUGGGGCAUGUCUCUUCCUUAUUCCUUGCCUCAGUUUCCCCAGCUGCAGGAUAGGAACAUUCCUCAGCACCAUCUGCAGAGUGCUCCCACAGUCCCCCUCUGGUGUGUGAAGACUCAGAAGUUUGGGUUCACAGAGGAUUUGUUUGAUCUAGAAAUAGCAGGGUUAGAAAAUUCCAUCUGCCUGCUCUCGAGAGCUCUUGACAGUGGAAGAAUUUCACUGCAUCUUGAGCCUUGAGCCACAUCGUUACCUCCCAGGGCAGCAGCAAGGCGAGCACUGAGCAAACCAGAGCUACUUGGCGCCCGUCCUAAGAAGCAGCAGGAAUAAAAUAACAUUCCAGGAAAGCAAAACGUGGAGAACAGAGCAAAUCAUGUUGCAUUUCUUGCUCCUGUGCUGUUGCUAGUGGUUGUUCACACUCCAGGCCCACUCCAUGGGGUCAAAGCCUCCAGUGCAAACUUUGGGGUGUGAUUUGGUGUCUCCAUGUAAAAGUGCUGCAAAGCUGAGCUAGGACCAGACUUGUGUCUUGUGGCAUGAUUUGUCCUUCACUUUUACCUCUGUAAAUGAGAGGGCUGUGGAGCAGCACAGGGAUUUGGGUAGGUUUGCUGUAGGUUGUUCUCUCAAUGAAGGUUACGAGCCUGGUGCAGAGGAGGGAUGCAGGGGUGCAGAAAGGAUGAGCCCAUUCUCUGCUGCUCGAGGGUGAGGGCCCACCAUCCCCCAGCGUGAUGCCCUUCAUGUCCGAGUGCUUUCCCCAUUGCUCUCAUCCUCAGGUGUCUGCCAGCCCAGCCAUACAAUUACCACCUGCCUUUGAUGAUGCCUGGAGGGCUGAGACCCCACUGCAAAGCAAGCUGAGCACAGAAUGGUUCCUCUUCCUCUACAGCUGUCCAGGUUAUAACUGAGUAGCCCUUAUGACCAACAUGAGCUGGAGCUUUCUCACCCGCCUGCUAGAAGAGAUCCACAACCACUCCACCUUCGUGGGGAAGGUCUGGCUCACUGUGCUCAUCGUCUUCCGCAUCGUCCUAACGGCAGUCGGUGGAGAAUCCAUCUAUUCUGAUGAGCAAAGCAAGUUCACUUGCAACACCAAGCAGCCCGGCUGCGACAACGUCUGUUACGAUGCCUUCGCCCCGCUGUCACACGUUAGGUUUUGGGUCUUCCAGAUCAUCAUGAUAUCCACGCCUUCAGUCAUGUACCUGGGCUACGCCAUCCACCGGAUCGCCCGGUCAGCGGAGGAGGAGAAGAAGUUCAAGGGCUUCAAGAAGAAGAAGCAGUUCGCUUUGAACUGGCAGGCGGUGCGCAACAUGGAGGAUGCGAUGGAGGCAGAUGAAGAGGAGCCCAUGAUCUCCGAUGACGCAGCAGAAAAUGAGAAAGCCAAAGCCAAGCCCAAGAGCAAAGAGCAGCAAAAGCACGAUGGGAGGAGGCGAAUCCAACAGGAAGGACUGAUGAAAAUCUACGUCUUCCAGCUGCUUACCAGAGCUUCAUUUGAAGUUUGUUUUUUGAUAGGGCAGUAUUUGCUCUAUGGUUUUGAGGUAGAAGCUUAUUUUGUCUGCAACAGACUGCCUUGUCCUCACACGGUGGACUGCUUUGUGUCUCGGCCAACAGAGAAGACAAUCUUUCUGCUGGUGAUGUACGUGGUGAGCUGUCUGUGCUUGCUGCUGAACAUGUGCGAGAUGUUCCAUCUGGGCUUCGGGACCAUCCGAGAUGCCAUCCGCAACCGGAAAAUCAACAGCUUCAGGCAGCCCCCCUACAACUACGCCUACCCUAAGAACAUCUCCUGCCCCCCCGAGUACAACCUGGUGGUGAAAUCAGAGAAGUCCACCAAGAUCCCCAACAGCCUGAUGGCUCACGAGCAGAACUUGGCUAACGUUGCUCAGGAGCAGCAGUGCACCAGCCCGGAUGAGAACAUCCCAGCAGACUUGUCCACCCUCCACAAACACCUGCGAGUGGCCCAGGAGCAGCUGGACAUAGCAUUUCAGAGUUAUGGCAGCAGCCAGGGCAAUGCACAGCCCUCCCGGACCAGCAGCCCUGCCUCGGGUGGCACGGUGGUAGAGCAGAAUAGGGCCAACACCGCCCAGGAGAAGCAAAGCGCUAAGCCCAAGGCGUCCUUGGAGAAAGGCAGCUCCAGCAGUAAGGAUGGAAAGACUUCUGUGUGGAUAUAGCUUGUCUGGCAGCAGAGAGGGCAGUGUAAGUGGGAUUUUAUUUUGGGUUCUGGUUUUCAGUAUGUCUUGAGUUUAUUUCACAGGGCACAGACACAUUUUUUCUAUGGAAAGUCAAGACAGAAAAGGAAUUUCAGACCAAUUUAGUACUGUCUUCCGGUGCAUUAACAAAAGACAUUUCCUUCCUCUUUCCAACACGUUCUCCAGCCGGGAACCUCCAGUGAGUGACAGUAACCGCUGCAUCACGCCAAGGCUGGACAGCCCGCUGUGAUGGAAGCAGAGAGCAGCUCCCACACACAGUGCUGCAGUCAGACAGCCUUUAAUUACUAAAUAUCCUUAAUCAAAAUUAAUUUCCGAUCCCUUGAUUAGAAAAGAAAGUGACUGAUAUGUUGAUGAACUUUCACGGCACGCUCCCAGCUAACGUCUUGCCAGAAUUUUUCAAUGCACAGCAGGCAGCACUGGAAGCGAAGGCAGCAGAGGUGCACGGAUAGCACAGCACUGAUGGUUUUCAUCUUUUAUUCUGCGCUGAAACAAAAAGCAAACACGGCCACAAACUCCCCAGUGUGAGUUGGCAGUGACCUUGCUGCUUGUACUGGUGCCUGCGUAGCACUUGCUACAGAUGGGAAUCGCUGCAGUUACAGUGUUUUUAACAAACUGCUGCUUUACAUCAUCAGAAAGUGCCUUUUUCCAACCAGGAAAACAAAGUCAUAAAGGGUGUCGACUUCUUCAUGUGCUAAAUUUGAGUAAAGAUGGGAAGAUCAGUGUUGACAGGUUUGUUUUUCUGUUUAAUCAAACUCUUAUAAAUAGUGGCAGACAGCAGACCUAUGCAUAGCGUGUAUACGAUGCGUGUGUGUGUACAUGUCGGUAUAUAUAUGGACACAUGAACAUGUGUGUGUGAAUAUAGAUACAUAGAUAUAUAUAUAUAUAAAUGUGAUAUCAACCCUCUGGUAAUUUUACAGCCUUCCAGUUCCCCUGGGAAAACUUGCUGGAUCCAGAAGGGGUGUCAGUGGGAAAUGGGCAGGUUUCCAUAUGCUUGCCAGGGGGCUCAACAGAAGACCUGGGAAACAGGACCCAGGGCAGCAGCAAGAAGUUUUUCCCUGCUUUAUGGAGAGAUUUUGUUGGCUAUGCUUGGUUUUAAGGCAGUCUCCUUGCAGUUGCAGGAGUUCCAAGGCUCCUGCUGGUGCUGGAUGUGCUUUGGUGGGUGGUUUCAUCCUGGAGCUGAGAUGUUCUUGGGAUGCUUGUGGCGAUUCACCACUAUGGAGGCAAAGUAGGCAGAGCCUUCCAGAUCAAACUUUACAAGGAAGAAGUAAAUCCUUACAGAACACAGCAUCAUUCCUGUGCUGAGCUUCUCCCUCACAGCCAUGCCAGCACACAAGCCCUCAUGCCACUAUUUCUUCCAUGUUACUUCUUGUUGGGCUUUUUCUCAUGACCUUGAGAUCAGUCUCUGGAAGCCCCGAGGGUGCCUGUUCUCCCCAGCCAGCAUGAAAGCUGUGCAAUGCCCCUACAGAACAGUGCUGGUAGCAAAUAUUAGGUUUUAAAAGAUGCAAAGAAAUGUUCUAUGAGGCAUCCAGCUGCAAAUAUUUGGUAUGGCUUUGAGUAACAGUCUGAAGACAACUCCAGGCUUAUUCCCGAUCCUGCAGAAGGCACUUCCUGGAGCACUGCCUGCUCUUGCUGCUGGAGUUGUUCUCUUUGGAUAAGGGCAACUGCAUCCCACAGGAGGCUCAGUGCAUCGUGCAGAAGCUCUGGUCUGUAGCAGCAAACACGCAUCGCAUGCAGGGAUGCUUUGUAAUGUGAAUUUUCCAUGAAAGGCUCAAAAAGUUCACAGCAUGGUGGUAGGACAAACAUAUCUGCCCACGCUGCUCCUUGUCCUACGUAUGGGCACCCACCCACUUGAGCAAUGCAGGGAAACUGGGUGCUGCUGGCAGUGCUAUCAUGAAGGUACACACAGCCCAGGGAUUAUUCCCCUGAAGAUUUGGGGUGUUUGAAGACUGUCUUAUCCCCUUCAGCUCUGCUGUAAGCCAAGUAACCCUACUUUCACCAGCCUGUCAUUUCCAUGCCAUGAAUCCAGCGUGCCAAGAGGGACGAUCAGGCAGUCCUGCUGCAGAUUUGCAGCCUCCUCCAGGCUGGUGUCACCAGCACAUUUAAUACGCACACACUGUUUUCCAUAGUGGGAGUCAAUAAUUGCAGUAUCGAUGAGCACUAGAGCCAGGGCAGACACUUGGUUGUUCAAUACCAGCUCCUCAUCAGGCAGGGUAACUGCUCACUCUGCUGUCCUCCCAGCCAGCCCUGCUCAUCUGUAGGUCUUGAAAACUUCCUUGCAUAUAAUGCUUUGCAAGUGAGGGCUGAUCUCACUUUCCCAUUUUUUUCCCAAGCGUUUUCACAGGGACUGAAGCACAAGGGCACGCUGCUGGCAGGACUGCUUGAUGCCAGAAUCUUGUGGUGGGCUGCCAGGCUCCCAUUCACUUCUCUUAUACCAAGACGGAGCUGCCCCUGUUCCUCCAGCCACCAGCAUGAGUCAGAUAGCCCUAAAAAUGUGGAGGCUUAUUAUUAUAAUUAGAUAUAUCGAAUUGCUCACUUCCCCCUUUCCUCCACUGCUUGCCUUCUGGAGCCCUUAGGAUGUUGUGUGCUCCACUGAGUCACCUCCACCACCAAGGCACCGACGACUCCGCAGCAGUGACCCCUUCCAGGGCAGGAAGGGAAAUCCCAUCUUUACUGUGUCUGUUUGGGCAGGAAAAGGAUGGGAAGGCAAAAUAUGCGUAACCACAAGCAAAAGUCCCACCACAAACCAAACCGGCGGCUUGAGGAAUUUCAAGCAGACGACAGGCAGCAUCGGCCAUGGAAAAAAUGCCAGUAGUAUAAUUAAUGCUUUGCUUUCUUUUCUGCAGGUUAGUCAUUUAGUUCACGCUCCAGACGGGUUUAGCUCUGCAGCUGAACUAAUCAUAAAUGUUGAUUCUCUCACUAAGCUUUGCUGGAUGAAGUGCCCGCCCUUGAGUUUCUGUUCUUACCAUUCAGGGCCAGGAAUGUCCCACGUAAAAGCCAGAUUACCUUGUUGCUUGCAUUGCAUUCCACUGGAAAAUACUUGAACUUAACUCAAGGCCAUAACCAGUCUGUGCUGUUAUGAAGUUUCUGGGAUAUUCUUUUUGUUCGUUUUUUAUGUACUAACUGUAUUUGUACUAGAAAAUUUUUGAGUAUGAGGUUGAAUCUCUCUAAGUAUUUCUCAGUGUAAAUGUUACAUCUGGACUGUAGUUAGGUUAAGCAUUGGGCAAAAGAGAAUUAAACAUCAGCCCGACUCUUCAACCGGCUAUUCCACAUCCAUUACUAAUAAAACGGAAUAAAACUUACAUUUUGUUACAGUA